AUGGGAGGGAUAGAAGGCACUAGGACAAAGUAUGCAAAAUUAGAGGUUACUAAGCUCAACUAUGCAAAGUUAGAGGGUACUGAACUCAAGUAUGGAGUACUAGAGGGUACUGAGCUCAACGACGCUAAGCUAGAGAGUCCUGAGCUCACGUAUGGAGUACUAGAGAGUACUAGACUCACCUACGCAAGGCUAGAGAGUCCUGAGCUCACGUAUGGAGUACUAGAGAGUACUAGACUCACCUACGCAAGGCUAGAGGGUACUGAACUCAACUAUGAGGUGCUAGAGAGUACUAGACUCACCUACGCAAGGCUAGAGGGUACUGAACUCAACUAUGAGGUGCUAGAGAGUACUAGACUCACCUACGCAAGGCUAGAGGGUACUGAACUCAACUAUGAGGUGCUAGAGUGUACUGAGCUCAACUACGCAAGACUAAAUCGGACUGAGCUUAUGUAUGGGGGGCUAGAGGGUACCAGACUCAACUACGUAAGGCUAGACGGUACUGAGCUCAUCUACGAGUUCGUAGAUACUUAG